CAACAUGUCGGCAUCAUCUUUAAAAAUACUAUAUUACUGUUCGUGUCAAAGGUGUACUUUACUUUUUUAAAAGAUUAUUCAUGUUUUAAUAAUUAAAUUAUUGUAAAAAGGUUUCAAUAAGAUUUAUCUAAAUGCCAGCCUUUCGAGAAUGGCUCUUGAAAUUGCUGUUAUUGCCAGUGAAUCUUGAUUUUCGACGAAACAAUCAAUUAACAAUUUUUCAAGACAGACUUCACAUUCUUCUGUAUAUACUAUUGUUGCAAUAAUUGGCAAACAUUGAGACGCAUUUCUCAAAAUGUUGGAUGGACUUGUCGCUUGGGUGCUUAAUAAUUAUUUAGGAAAAUACGUGGAAAACUUAAAUACUGAUCAAUUAAGCAUUGCCCUACUCUCGGGUGAAGUAGAAUUGGAAAAUUUACCAUUGAAAAAAGAAGCGUUACGUCAUAUUGGUUUACCGGUUGAAAUUAAAGCAGGAUUCAUUGGUAAAGUUCGAGUACAAAUACCUGUUAGACAAAUAAGAACUGCUUCAUGGGUUAUUGCUAUCGAACAACUUUAUUUAGUAGCUGGACCAAUUUGUUUAGAUGAGUAUGACAAUGAAGCAGAGGAACAUGCAAUAUUAGAUUAUAAAUUAAGUCGAUUAGAAACAUUGGAGGCGAGAUGGCGUGCUGAGUCAGAACGUGAUCCUGGUUAUUAUGCAACAAGUUAUAGUUCUUGGUUAAAUUAUGGAACAUCAUUGGUGACUAAUAUUAUUGAAAAUUUACAGUUGAAUAUAAAGAAUGUUCAUUUGAGGUACGAGGAUACUAAAGCACUUUCAGAUGGUACAGGCAUUGCUUUUGGUGUAAUAAUUGAAGCUAUAACAGCUCAAAGUUGCGAUGCCAGUUGGAUUCCAGGAUCCACAUCGUGGAAUCUUUCAGAUGCUUCAUUCAAAAUUAUGGAGCUCGAUGGAUUGUCAGUCUAUUGGAAUCACUUGAAAAAAGAAGACUUAUUUGAAAAUUUAAAUCUCGGAGAUUUAGCGAUUGCCAUGAGCGAGUCAAAGAAAGUGAAUCACAGAUAUAUUUUAUCACCAGUAAAUGCAAAAGCUCAUAUAAAAAGAGACAGAUCAGAAAGACCACUUCGAUCAGCCAAUAAACCAAGAAUAGUUAUAGAUCUUUUAUUGGAUCAAGUUCCAUUAGCAUUGACAGACGAACAAUAUGAACAAAUGGUUAAAUGUAUUAAAGGUCUUGAGGAUAUUGAUCGACGAAAACGUCAAUGGAGAUGUAGACCAACAGUUUCUGUAUUUGAUUCGCCUAAAGAAUGGUGGAAAUAUAUGGCACGUUGUUAUAUUGGUCCUGGUAGUUUAAAACCAAAAAUUUCAUGGAAUGAUAUUAUUGAGAGAGGCAAAAGAAAUGUUGCUUACGUUGAAGCUUGUGCAAAAUUAUUAGGAGCUCCUACCGCAAUUCUUUCACCGGAAAUAAAGAAACUAAAAGACGAAAUGGAACAGGAACUUAGUUUUGAGGAACUUCGUACUUUACGAGAAUUGGCAAUGGAAAAAGUUCGACCACCAAAAAUUCAAUCAGAUUCAAAUGUUUCAACACCACAACAAGCGCGUGGUAUGUUAUUGCAAUGGUUCCCACAAUGGUGGGGUUGGUAUACAAAAGCUCCAAAUAAUACACCAUCAGAUUCAUCAACAUUUGAUGGGGAACUUUUAGACGCUCUUUCCGAUACAAUAGACGAUGAUACUCUAUUGCGACGUGAUACAAUAUUUGGACAAUUUAAUUUUGCAUUAUCAAAGGGGGCAAUUUCUUUGUGUACGUCAAAAAAUUUUAACGAAUCCGUGAAAACAGUUAUGGAAUUACAAUUUGAAAAAGUAAAUUUAACAUACGAAUCACGACCAAGAUCAAGUUCACACAAAUUUUAUAUAAGUUUAGGUGCAUUAUAUUUACAUGAUUAUUUAACGGAGGAUUCGACAUUUCCAAUAUUAAUACAACCGCAAACUGUAAGUGUAUCAAAUUCACGUUUACGUAGCUCAUCAGAAAAAUUAGUAACACAAGUAUCACAAUCACUUUUUGAAUUAACUUACGAAAAACGGCCAUUACACUUAAGUGUUGAUCAUUCAUUGCAAGUGAAUACAAGAUCAUUGGAUGUUGUUUAUAAUCCAGUUGCAAUUCUUUGGCUCAUUGAUUUUAUAUGCAAACCACAUAGAUAUUCAUCGAAUCAAAAAUUACAAGCAAUGAAGAGAAAAACACGUAGACAAUUAAUUAAAAAUUGGGAACAAAUUCUUGAGGGUGAUUUUGAUUAUCGAUCAUCGUGGGAUUUACAAUUAAAUAUUUCAGCACCUCAAAUUUUACUUGUAGAAAAAUUCACCGAUUCAAAUGCAGCUGUGAUUGUUGUUGAUUUUGGUAGAUUACGUUUAACAAAUGGCAUUGAAUCAAGUGAAAUUGUCAUUAAACCAGAAUCAUUGGAAUCAGAUGAUGAGGAACGAUUUGAAACACCAUGCUCAACACCACCAGGUAGUCAGGAAAAUGGUUCAGUUCCUGAUUUUCAAGCAUUAUCAGAAGCGGCAUUACACAAAAAAUUGUACGAUCAUUAUAUUGUUGAUUUAUCAGAUCUACAGGUUCUCGUUGGUAAAGUAAAGGAUAAUUGGAAGCAUGCGCGAACAAGAGGAAUGUCAAGUCUUCAUGUUCUUGAAAGAUUUAAUAUUUCAUUGCAAAUUGAAAGACGAGUUGUCACCACAAUGGAUCCACAAUUUCCAUCAAUUACAAUAUCGGGAAAUUUACCACGUUUAGUUGUUCAUGUGAAUGAACAAAAAGUUGAUGUUAUUCGUUCGAUGUAUCAUUUAUUGUCAAGUUUAUCAACAUCAGCGGGACAACCAAAGACAAAUACAGUUGACACAGAACCGGAAAGUCCACAAAAGGAGGAAAUUCUCGAUCGAACAUUAAAUCAUGUAAUGAUGUUACAAUUUAUUAUCGAUCAAAUGACAUUUGAAUUGCAAUCACGUGGUCGUAGUGUUGCUGAACUUCAAGUGUCGGGUGUAAGAGCGGCAUUGAGUAAAAGACCAGCGGAUUUAAGUGCUUCACUUUCGGUUCAUGGAUUACUUUUAGUUGACGCUCUACAGGAAUUUGGUCCUGAUUUUGAACUAUUGGUGGCAAGUCACAAACACGUUGGAAUGGAUAGUAUUUCAGGGAGUUUGAGAGAUUCGGAGCCAACAUCACCUGUUUCACCUGUAUCGCCUGGUUCACCUGAACCAGGAUUACCUCGACGUUUAACAUCACCAAUUGCUUUAACUCAUGCUUUAUCUAGUCUUGCUCACGAUACAAAGAGUCCUUUUUCACCAAAGAAAACAUCGUCCAUUGGUUUAGAUCAAUUGGAUUCAGAAGCAUUAAUUGUGAUAGAAUUGACACUUGUCGAUGAUCCAAUUGAAUCACUACGUAUGGCGAAUAUACAAUUUAAUAAUUUGGAUAUAAUUGCAAAUCAAGAGACAAUUGUUGAAUUAAUGGGAUUUGCAAGGAGAUUGUUUCCAGUGAAGAAAACACGUUCGAAAAAUAUGCAAAGAUAUGAAUCAUUAUCAAGUUUAACGUCUGAAUUUAAAGUUUCAACAAGAACGGAAAUAACUUUUGAUUUUCAUAGAUUAAAUGUUUUAUUACUUCGUGCUGUUAUGCAGGAAAGUCAAUUGAUUGGUCAAAAAAUUGCCACCGCAACUAUGUCGGAUGCAAGAAUUCAAGCGACAUUUGCAUCAAAUUAUUCAAUAUCUGGAUCACUUGGUGGUUUACAAGUGUUGGAUCAAACUUUAAUUGGCAAAACACAUCAGCGAAUUAUUAGCGUUGGACGUGAUCCAUUGGCUGAUCCUCAUCCUUUAGAGCAUUUUUCAAGUCUUUCGAAUCAGCCAAUUGAAGCAUUUCGUUUUUCGGCUAAUAGAAGUUUUAAACAAAUUCCCGAUUCUGAUGGUAUUGAAACAUUGGCGGAUAUUACAAUUCGUGUUGGUAGUGUUUGGUAUACGCAUGCACCUCAUUUAAUAUCGGAAAUAAGAUCUUGUGCUGAUGAAUUUAAACAGUAUUUAAGUAAUCUUGCUCGACAAAUUGGAGCAGCUGCUACUGAUAUGGCAAUUGGAUUGGUACAAGCUGAGGAUUGGACGAUACCGCAACGUAAACGUCUGCCAAGUUUUUCAAUGGAUUGCGAUGGUUCUGGAAGUUUAUCAUUAAAAUUGGAUGUGAUUUUAGACAGUCCAGUUCUAGUUAUACCAAGAGCGUCGCACAGUACUCAGGUGUUUGUUGCACAUUUGGGAACAAUGUCAUUGCAACAUGAACCAUUGCAGGGUACGAAGAAUAAACUAAGCUUGGAAGUGAGGGAUAUGAAUUUGUAUUCUUUGGAUGUUUCGAUGAAAUUAAGUCAAGUGCAGGGAAAUCUUCCAAUAAGAGCCGAAGAUAUGUAUAGUUGUAAAGAAUCUGGAAAACCGAUAUUACAUGAUACACUCUUAAGAGUUGUUGUUGAGAAAGAACGUGUUGGACAUGAAAUUCAAAGUCCGGGUUUUAUUUUCGAUGCAGAUUCAAUGAAUCCAAUUGUUCAAGUUCAUGGUGUUGUUGUUACGCCAUUAAAAGUUUCAUUAACACGAUUUCAAUAUGAACAAUUAUUAGAUACUAUUCAUCGACUAUUUUCAAUAUCGGACAUGGAACCAGUUGUUCAAAAACCACAGACUAGUAAAGUAUCAUAUUAUUCGGAGAAAUUUGAUUUAUCAUUGAAAGUUUUAUUUGAAUUGCCAGUAUUGAGCAUUGAAUUGAAACAAGAUCGUUUGGAGCAGCCUCUUGUUGAAUUGUCAAUGAGGGAUUUUGUUGCUAAAUUUGAAAAGUUGCAUAAAAAUGAAUCAACAACGCAAGUAUCGCUACGAUCACUAUUGAUGGAGGAUCUUUUAUGUCCUGUGGGUUCGAGACAUCGUUAUAUGAUGCAAUCGUCUGUACCAACUCGAGCAAGAUUACCAGUUGGUGUUUCGAAAUCGUGUCCUGAUUUAGCUUAUGUACAGAGAUGGAAAGAUGAGAAUAAUAGAGGGAGUUUGCCUGAUCGAUUGGAAGCCGAUACACUUUACGCUGUGCCUGCUCAUUGGCGUAGACAACCUGUCUCUGGAGAAGAUACACCAGAUACACCACCACCUUCACCAGGUGCUGUGAGUGAGGAAAAUUUGGUUUUAAUCAGCAUCACUGUCACAGAACCAGAUACACAUGUUGUUAAACAAAAGAGUCAACAAAAAUUCAUGAGUAUUAAUUUCAAUUGUUUGGAUCUUGUUGUAAGUGUUGAAUCAUGGAUGGUUGUUUUAGAUUUUUUGGGAGUUGGUACUCCAAACACGAGUUUGGAUAAAGCGACACAGCCAAAGUCAACGGAUUCUGGAGAUUUGAAUCAAAUCAUCGAGCCAGUUCAUUCGGAUACUGAGAUUGAAAUUAGAUCCUUGACAUUGGUUCUAACACAAUCGGAACGUGAGAUUGCAAAGGCAAAUGUUUCAAAUGCAACUAUGCACAUUUUAAAAACAACUGGAAUUACAAAAAUAUCAGGAUCCUUGGGAUCUAUGUCCCUAUUGGAUCUAACACCACAUGGUCGAUUUUAUAGAGAACGAUUUUUAUCAUCAGGUCGUAAAGCUCUCAAUUUUCAAUAUUCAAGCUAUGCUGAUUCACAAAAACGUCCUCACGAUGCUCAUUUAAAACUUCAAAUGUCCGCCGUUCAUUAUUUUCAUACUCAACGAUUUGUCGCCGAAUUACAGGCAUUCUUCUCUCAUUUUUCACAAUUACGAACAAUAAUGGCAAAUUUACGUGCUGGUGGUAGUGGAACAAUUGAUUUAAACGAACGAAGUAUGAGACUAUCACUUGAACUUCAUGCCGGUGCUCCUGUUAUUUUUAUUCCAGUGAGUUCAAGAUCAAAUGAAAUGAUUCUUCUCGAUUUGGGCGAAUUAACAGCUCACAAUUCAUUUAGUUUUUCUGAUGCUGUAAAAGAAUGUUUAAUUGACGUAAUGUUUCUUGAAUUGGUAAAUAUGGAUGUUUAUGCAGCAAAAAAAAUUGAAAACGAAGGCGUCGAUACAUUAUCCGUGGGAGGUGUUAUUAUUCAAAAAUCUGGACCAUCAUUGUUGACGGAAAAAUGUCAUUUAAAAUUGCGAGUGGAAAGAAAUCUUGAUACGUACAUAAGUCGUGAUAUUCCCGAUUUAAGUAUACAUGGUACUUUAUCAACAAUGGAUUGUGCUCUUGAUCCAGCUCAAUAUAUGUUAAUUCGUGGAUUACUCUCGUAUAAUAUUGGCGAGAAUUUAGAUGAUCUACGUCUUUUUAUGCAAGAUUUAAAUGAUUCAACACAAUGUACAAUAAAUGAUAAUGAUAAAAUUUGGACAAAAUCGUAUAUUAGUUUGGAAUUAUUGAAUGUCACAUUAAAAUUACAUCCACAUCAUGGAAUUGCGGCACUUGCUUGUGUUAAUUUUAUAAAAUCAAAAUUAACACUCGAUUCAUUGAGUGAUGGUUCACAGGAUAUUGAUUUAGUAUCGCAAGAAAUUUUAGUCACUGAUACAAGAUUUCACGAUGAGCCUAUUAAUCAAAGAUCAAAUGUAUUUACAGGAAUUCUUCAACCAUUGAGAAAUACAACAAAUUUGGAGGAUCGUGUUCAAGCUGAAGUUCAUCAUCGUAAACGAAAUAAUUGUGUAGCAACGACUAUUUUACUUCAUAGUAUGCGAUUAACAGCAAUAUUAGAUUGGUGGGAGGCUGUAAAAGAUUUUCUUAUUCUAAAUUCACCUGAACCAGAGCCAAUAAUAAUUGGCAAUAAUUUUCAAUCAAUUCAAUCAUCAUUACAAAAUGAUGAAAAUACAAAUACAAUUCCAUUUGAUCUUAAAUUAAAUAUAACUGAUUCAGAAUUAGUAAUUGUUGAAGAUACAUCAUUGUGGGAUACAAAUGCAGUGAUAUUAAAGUGUACUGCAGUUUUAACAUAUCGUUCAAUACCACAAGAUGGUGAAAAAUUGCUCUCAUGUAAUUUGUCACAUUGUGAACUUUUUUCAUGUAUUCUUGGAAUGGAAAAUGAAACGGCUCUUUCGAUUAUUGAUCCUGUUGGUGCAAGUUUAGAAGUAACACAAGAGAUGUGCUUGGAAAUUCAAUUACAGCCAUUGAGUGUAAGAUUAAGUUAUCACGAUGUGAAUAUGUUUGCUCGAAUGUUGAGUUCAUUGCCAAAACAAACACUACUUGCUAAACAAAGAUCAAAUGAACCGCCGAUAAAUGUAAAAGGACAUGUGACAAAAUUAAGUGCAUUGGGUUUUGCUGAAAUUGAUUGUGAAACGGCUCUUGAUAAAUGUGAUGGAAAAUUGGAUGAUGCUGCAUUAUGGUUGACACAAAAUGCUAUUCCAAAUGCAGAUGGUGAAACAAAGGGUGAUUUCUUUUUUAAAGUUAUUGAAUUAGAAACAUUGUGUAUGAAAAUUUGUAUUAUUGAUGAUUGUAGAGAUGCGGAUGUUCCUUUACUUGAAUUAUCAUUAUUGGAUUUAUCAAUGAGACAAAGUUAUUCGGGUCCUGGUGUUGUUUCAGGUACAUUUGCAAUUGGAUAUUAUAAUCGUGUGCUCAGCGGUUGGGAACCAUUUAUUGAAUCUUGGAAGGCUACCGUUCAAUGGGAGCAAAUACUUGCCAGUACGUUAAAUACAAAACGACUUGAAAUUCGUGUUGAUUCACAAGAUUCAGUAAAUGUUAAUGUCACAUCAACGUUAGUUGAAUUGGUAACACUUGUGAAAAAUAAUUGGAUUCAGGAUUAUUAUGUCUCGAGUAAUUCGUUAAUGAGUAAAACAGGAUCAGUACAAAAUUAUCGUCGUCGAUCACCGUUUGUGCCUUUUGCACUAAAAAAUGAAACUGGUUGUAAACUUUGGUUCAAAACAUUAAUCGCUUCAGCAAAUGAUUCUGAUAGAAAUUUAAUUGAAAAAGCAUCACUUGAACUUGAUGAAACGUGGUUACAAAUUGAUACCGGUGAAACAAUUCCAUUUACAUUUGAAGGUAGAGGAAAACUUCGUCACGAUUCAACUCAUAUUGCAAGAAGACAUCAGGUUGUAAUUUUACUUGAAGGAUGGAAAGUGACUGAUCCAGUUUCAGUUGAUAGAGUUGGUGUUUAUUUUCGUUAUGCACACGCUGAAAUUAAGGGUUCUAAAAUGACAUCGAAAACAAGAUUAAUAUUUAAUGUUGAAUUGGAAGGUUCAGCGAGAAAAUUAGUGACUGUUCGUUCUGCUGUUCAGAUUAUCAAUAAAUUGGCACACACUAUUGAUAUUAAAUUGGAAAAUACUCUUAAUCAUUUUGGCUCAUAUCCAGUGUAUACGUCAAUGAGCGGUAAAAUUUUACAAGUUCCAGCUGAAUCACAAAUUUCAAUACCAAUUCCAUUCACUGGUGUGCUUAUGAGUUUGAGACCAGCAAAUAAUUCCUUUCAAUAUUGUACACAACCGAUUGAUUGGACAAUAGCGAAGAAACCACUUGAAAUUAUUGAAAUUCCAGCUGUUUGUAAAACCAACAAAGAUGAUAUAUUUCGAAUGUGCAUUGCCAUUAAGAGAGAUAAUUAUCCACCGGAUGUAAAUCAAACAAUACCGGGUCAUAGACUUAUAAUUCUAGCACCAAUUACAAUUGUUAAUUUAUUACCUCAUGAACUUUUUUACAGCGUUGGAAUUGAAUCUGGUAAAAUGCAACCAGGAGGAUCGGCUGAUUUACAUUCGGCGAAUUUAGACGAACAAUUGGAAAUUAAAAUACAAUUGGAUGGCUAUCCUGGAGUGGGUUAUUUACUCUUACCACAGAAUAGUAAUUCAUUUACGGGACGAAUUCGAUUGUCAGAUUCAUCGGGAAGAAUAUUAUUUCUUCAGGCAGCUGUUGUUGUUGAUAGGGGAUCAGCUGUGAAGAUAAAUAUUACGGCUCCCUAUUGGAUUAUUAAUAAAACGGGAUUACCACUUGUUUUUCGACAAGAGGGUGUUGGUGUUGAAUUUGCUGGACAAUUUGAGGAGCAUGAGAAAGCAAGAUUAUUGACACCUUUAUUAUUUUCGUUUAGUGAUGAAGAAGCGAGUAGAACGUUGACAGUUCGCGUGGGAACUGGAAAAAAUCCCAAUGGAAUUCCCCAAUGGUCACAACAUUUUCAUUUACAAAUUGGUGUACAGGUUCAUCGACUUCGUGUAACAUUGCGAGAUGGUAGGCCGGAUAUUGUUUAUUUGAUUGGAGUAUCGACGAGAGCAGCACGAGGAAGAUAUAGUGCAACAAAUAUUGUUACCAUUUCACCGAGAUAUCAAUUGCAUAAUAGAUCAUCGUGUACUUUGGAAUUGGCGCAAAAAAGUUUUACAACAACAAUAAGUCAUCCUGAUGCUCAAGCAACUUAUAUGACUGCAAUACCCGAUUGUCAUAUGACUUUUCAUUGGCCAAGAUUGGAUAAGGAUCAAUUGCUUUGCGUGAGAAUUAUUGAUGUACCACAAUGCAUGUGGUCUGGUGGAAUUGUUCUGCAGGGAAAUCAUUCGCUUACAAUUAAUGUUAGAGAUGCGGCAGGAAAAAUGCAUUUUUUGAGAGUUGAUGUUGUUCUUCAGGAAAGUACUUAUUUUAUUGUUUUUACUGAUGCUCACACAAUGCCACCGCCAAUUAGAGUUGAUAAUUUCUCGGAAGUUCCACUCUCGAUCAAUCAGAAUUCGGUACCUGACAAUAUGCAAUGGUCUGUGAGACCUCAUUCGUCCGUUCCUUAUGCGCUUGAUGAGCCAACUCUUCCUGCGGAAUUAAUAGUCACUGCACCUGGUGGUGUUUCAGCUUCAUAUGAUUUAAAUCUUCUUGGCGAAUGUAGAGGAUUGACAUAUGAAAAUUUUAUCUACAUUGCUUUCACAGGUACUUUCAAAGAGGAUGGAGAUCUUGGAACAAGUGAAAAUAGUUUAGAUCCUUUGGAUGUUGAGACACAAAGAUUAGUCUUAGAAGCUGGACCGGGAGGCUGGGUUGCUUUACGAAGAAAACAAUAUGGAGCAAGAUCUCAACUUUGGAGAAUGACUGGAAGUGGACAACUACAACAUGAAGGUUCUAGUCCUCCGCGUGAUAAAUUAACAAAAGCACCAGAUACAGUAUUGGUUUUGGAUAUUGCCGGAACAGCUCCUCAGCCAUUUACAUAUUGCGCUCUUGCUUUGCGAAGACCAGAUCCAAGGAGAAAAUCAACUCAAACUUGGAGAUUUACUGACGAUGGAAGAUUGUGUUGUGUGCAUAGAAAUAUGUGUGUUCAAUCAAAAGAUGGUUUUAUGGGACUUAAUGAAGGCGGCAGUGUCGCCCGUUGGCAAAUGUGGAGUGAAGCUGUAUUGGGACCUGAAACACAUUGCAGUCCACCUCCAAUAGAACAACGUGUAAGCAGACAACGAUUGAGACCGGGUUCUGGAUUUUUAUCAAUACGAGUAACAACCGAUGGACCAACACGAGUACUUCAAAUACUUGAUAUAAAAGAAAGAAAACGAACAUUCGCACUUUUGGAAGAACGUGACUGGUUAAAUAUUGCAAUCAAUCAACGACCAAAUCAAUCGGCAAUUGAUAAAUCAAGCGAUUCACGUGAAUUACAUUUAAAUGUUAAUUUACAAGCCGGAUUAGGACUUUCAAUAAUUUCCUGCAGACCUGCUGAGGAAUUAAUAUUUUCUCGUUUCGCUGGUAUUAAUUUAGAUUUUAUGAUGACAUCAGCAAGUACAAAUUUAAAUCUCAGUGUUGAUGAUGUUCAAAUUGAUAAUCAACUUUUUGAAGCACAAUGCACAUCUGUUCUUUAUAUUUCACGUGAGUCACGUGGAAAAAAUGAUGGUAGACCAGCAAUUCAUGUUGCGGCUGAGAAGUUGCCAUCGAAAAAUCAAAAUGCAGAAAUUUUUAAACAUCUCGUUGUGAGCAUAAAACCAAUAAGUGUUCAUUUAGAGGAGAGAUUGAUUUUAAAAGUUGCGGCAUUUAUUGGCGCUGGAAGAUCUGAAACUGAAGUACCUCUCGAUGAAAAUGGUUUCAAUACACAAAGAUUUAUUUCCAAUGUAUCGGCUGCUCAUGCGAAACGAUACUAUUUCGGUGCUUUAAAACUCGUUCCAAGUCAGGUUCGAUUAAGUGUCUUGACAGCAACAAAAUUGCCAACGCAUCUUCAGACAAUUAAGAAAAAAUUGGGAUUAACUUUAAUUAAAUUCGAAGAUGCCACUAUUGAUUUAGAACCAUUUAUUAGAUUGCAUCCCUUUGAAAAUAGACAGGUUUUGGUGCACUCGAUUAUAAAACACUAUAUAGAUGAAUUAAAAUGGCAAGCGGCAGUUAUUCUUGGUUCAGUGGAUUUUCUCGGCAAUCCACUUGGAUUUGUCAAUGAUGUUUCAGAGGGUGUUUCAAGUUUCAUUUCUGAUGGUAAUGUCAAAACUUUGGUGCAAAAUUUGGCUCAUGGAUUUUCUAAUUCCGCGGCUAAAGUCACAGAAACAUUAUCUGAUGGUUUGGGUCGUGUGAUUAUGGACGAAAGACAUGAGGAGACGCGACAAAGAAUUCGUGCAAAUAAUGCUGGAAGUAGCGAUCAUUUACUUGCUGGUAUAAAAGGAUUAGGUUUUGGAAUUUUGGGCGGUGUUACAAGUAUCGUGAAACAAACCUACGAUGGUGCUUCAAAUGAAGGAUUUCCAGGAUUUUUCUCUGGACUGGGAAAAGGCGUUGUUGGAACAGUGACAAAGCCAGUUGUUGGAAUGUUGGAUCUUGCAUCGGAAACUGCAACCGCAAUUCGAGAAACGAGCAGAAGUGCUCAUCGAUUAAUACCGAAACGAGAUCGAUUGCCACGAGUUGCAAGUGGUCCUGCGGGAUUAUUACCACCUUAUAAUCUUCAACAGGCCGAGGGACAAGAAUUUCUUUAUUGCAUUAAUAAUCGUGAUUAUUCUGAGCUUUUUGUUGCUUAUGAGUGUUUGCGAAGCGGUGCAGAUAAUCUUAAGGUUUUAGUCUCAAAUGAAAGGGUUCGUAUUAUUUCUGGUGGUACAAAAGGAGUUGUCACUGAAGUUAGUUUAGCUGAUUUACUUCACUGUCAGCCAACUCACAAAUUAGAAAGUAAUGGCGUCACUUUACAUUAUAUUGAAUUGACAUCAAGAGAUUCAGUUGCUUCCACCAAUUUUGUUGGCACUGAAGUUUUACGAAGACCAAAGGUUAGAUGCGAUAAUGAAGCCUGUGCUAAAUGGGUUUCGCAACAAGUAAAUUAUGCCAAAGGAAUGCAUGAAGAGUUAAGUUUAACUUUGAUGUCAUCAGACAAUAUGUUGGACGAUAUUCAGAGUUACACGUAAGGGAGAUAAAAAAAAAAAGAAACGAAAAGCACUUAAAAGUAGACAGAUUUUGUAUUUUGUUACCAUAUUUUUAGCGGUUUAAAAAAACAUUUAGUGCUAAAUUAACUUUUAAUUCCUCGCCCCUCCCGUCCUUGAAGGUCAACAUUUGCCUUAUUCUUAGCG